AUGUUCAAAGUACCAAGUAGCAUACCGCAGGACUUGCUUCUCAUACACGACAUUGUUUCAGAGCCUAUCCCUGGUCCCUCAAGUGUAAAACCUCGGACAAGCGAAGAUGCAAAAACACGGAGCGAAUCUUCUAAUUCUAUCGACUCCAGUUCUGCAUCUUCGGAUAGUGAAACAGACAGCGAAGAGGUAGACGCUGUUGAAAGCCUACUUAUUGAUCCUGACGCGCUAGUUGAAGUUGUCAAUGCUAAACCUCGUUCGCCAUCGCCAUCUUCUUCCGAGUCUUCUUCCGACGAUUCAAGUUCGGAUGGAGACUCCGAUGCGGAGGAGAAAACCCGUCCCGUAACUACUAGGAAACCCGUUGUCGAGGAUUACGAAGACGAUGACGAAGACGAGCACGACUCUCGCCUCCCUUCCAGUUCCUCUCUUCGAACCAAAAACGAACUAGUCGACUCUUCCGUUACACUCCCAGAAAUUACAGAGAUCGACCCACAAGAACCUUUAGAAAAAGUCGGAGAAAUAAUGAGCAUAAUCGAGAACGUCGUAGUCGUCAAAGGCCUUGCGUCUCAAAAUGAGAACAAAGCUUCUGAGCGGGCGUUAGACUCGGAGAGUUUAUUGGUCUUUGAGGAUAGGAAGGUGCUUGGUUAUAUUCAUGAGACCUUUGGUCCAACUUACCAGCCUCUUUACCAAGUCAAAUUCUCUUCAGCUGCUUCGAUUGACAAGAGUAUGAUGUCAGUUGGCCGUGAAGUAUUCCACGCCCCACGGCGCAGUCAUUUCGUUUUCCCCAGCCAGCUACGGAAGAUGAAGGGUAGUGAUGCGUCUAACGUUCACGACGAAGAGGUUAAUGAGGACGAAAUGGAGUUCUCUGACGACGAAGCAGAAGCAGCUUACAGGCAGCAGCGUAAAAGGAAACGAGAAGGUUACCGCGAAUCUUCCGUAUCGUCAUCCCGAUUCUCCACACCAACUCCUACACAAAUGCGAGACCAAGAGCUCAAGGAUAGUUCCUUCUACAACGCAUCUCCCUACGAUGAGUACGGCCCGUAUGAUAUCGAUUCAGCACCAGGACCAUCUCGGCCUGCUCCUCUCCCUUACGACGAUCCCUAUCAAGACGUACCUGUAGCACCUUCGGAGAGCGGAGCUGAACGGACAAGGGAAGAGAGGUCUAGAUCACCUAGUAGCCCUCGAAGUUUCAUGCCUGAUCGUUCGCGGGGACGAGGCCGCGGAAGAGGGUAUGAUAGAGGACGAGGGCGUGGACGUGGACGUGAACAUGGUGGUGGUCGAGGUGGUUUUCGCGGGCGGAGACCGAGUGGAGAAACACCUUGGGCAGAACGUCAAGGUUCUCGUCCAAGAAGCUACAGUCGAAGCGACUCUCGUUCUCUCUCUCCUACUUCAAUGGCUAUCGCUCGAGCAACUGGCCAGUUCGCAGACAACUCAGCUUUCCCUUCUCAACUUCUAUCGCCAUCGUCACCCUCGACUUCCACGCAAGGUUACUGGCAACGACAACAAGAAAAUACAGUAUAUGGACAAUACACCGACCCAUCUCAACAUCAGGCAUACGGUGGUAGUAGUGCCCCUCAAAUGUCUUCGUACGACCAGCAGAGCCAGAACCAAAACUACUCGCAACCGCAUAUAAAUCCGCGUUUCGCCUCGUUAUUUGCUAUGAACAUGAAUUUCAUGCAAGGGCAGCAGUAUAACGCAUAUGCUGCACCGAAUUCCCCCGUAGCGAGUCCGUACUCCGCUUAUAGUCCUAACUCUUCCUGGGAGGGGAAUGCUUGGACACAGAGCGGACCACAGGGGAAUGCUAGUGGUAGUGGUACUCAGCCAGAUGGGACUAAUGAGUAUGCUGUACAAAUGACGCCUGAAACUGACGAGUACCGUCCUUAG